GAAGUCAGCUGACGGCCAGCAGUUUGCAGAAUGGUGGCGGUCUGGCUGUUGGGGUUUUCGCUGCUUGUCUCCGCUUUCGCUCUAAGCCCCCGGGAAACCUCUUCCCGGGAGCUGAAAGAACUGAACGGAUUAUGGAGUUUCCGGGCAGAUCAGUCCGCGAACAGGAACCAGGGAUUCGAGGAGAGGUGGUACCGGCGACCCCUCAGGGAGACGGGGCCAGUGAUUGAUAUGCCUGUUCCAGCAAGUUACAAUGACAUCACACAGGACCACAAGCUGAGAGAUUUCAUUGGCUGGGUAUGGUAUGAAAAGGAGGUUUGGAUGCCAAGGCACUGGAUUUCACCUGAUGCUGGGAUGAGAGUUAUACUCCAUGUUGGCAGUGCCAAUUACUACUCUGUUGUUUGGGUAAAUGGUGCUGAGGUUGCCUUUCACGAGGGUGGCCACCUUCCUUUUGAAGCGGACAUCACUAAAGUUAUUCAGAGCAGCUCCGCUCUUCAGUGCAGAAUCACCAUUGCAGUAAACAACACACUUACUCCAUAUACUUUACCUCCAGGAAGAAUUCAAUACAUGACUGAUACAAGAAGAUAUCCUCCGGGUUAUUUUGUGCAGAUUACACAAUUUGAUUUCUUCAACUAUGCUGGGAUCCAUCGGCCAGUUCUACUAUACACCACACCCAAUGUCUACAUAGAUGACCUAACCAUUGUAACAGACAUUCAAGAUGACACAGGGAUUGUAUAUUAUAAAAUAUCCAUCAAGGGGAGUACACACUUUUCACUGUCGCUAAAGUUGUCUGAUCAAAGGGGGCAGGUUGUUGCAACAAUCGUAGAUGGACCUCCAGUUGGACAGUUGAGAUUACAUAGACCGACUCUCUGGUGGCCGUACCUUAUGCAUGAGAAUCCUGCAUAUCUUUACAGCCUUGAGGUUUACAUGAAGAGCAAAAAUGGUAGCUUUUGUUAUGAAGAUGUUUACACAUUACCAGUAGGAAUUCGCAAGGUGCAAGUUACCAAGACCCAAUUCCUUAUCAAUGGAAAACCAUUCUAUUUCCAUGGAGUAAAUAAACAUGAAGAUUCAGAUAUGCGAGGGAAAGGCCUUGACUGGUCAGUGAUUAUCAAGGACUUCAACCUUCUUCGAUGGCUGGGAGCAAAUUCUUUUCGUACUAGCCAUUAUCCAUAUGCAGAAGAAGUUAUGGAUUUGUGUGACAAAUAUGGGAUUGUGGUCAUUGAUGAGUGUCCAGGCGUGGGUAUCAAAGAUCCUCUGAGCUUUGGAAAUAAGUCCCUCACUCAUCAUUUAACUGUAAUGGAGGAGCUGGUGCACAGAGAUAAAAACAGGCCAUCAGUAGUGAUGUGGUCUGUAGCAAAUGAACCAGCAUCUGGACUACCACAGGCAAAUCACUACUUCAAGACUUUAAUAUCCUACACUAAAGCACUGGAUCCAACCAGGCCAGUUACCUUUGUUACAGACACCGACUAUGAAGAUGACAAAGCCAUGCCGUACACAGAUGUUAUUUGUGUGAACAGCUAUUUUUCCUGGUACCAUGAUCCAGGCCAAUUGGAGGUCAUUCAAUUACAACUUGCCAAUCAGUUUGAGGGCUGGUACAACAAAUACCAAAAACCAAUUAUUCAGAGUGAAUAUGGAGCAGAUGCAGUUGCGGGACUGCACAAUGAUCCCCCAGUAAUGUUUACAGAAGAGUAUCAGCAGGCUGUAAUGCAGGAUUAUUUUAUGAUAUUUGAUGAAAAAAGAAAACACUACUUGAUUGGAGAACUAAUCUGGAAUUUUGCAGACUUCAUGACUGCUCAAAGCACUACACGGGUAGAUGGGAACAAAAAGGGGAUCUUCACUCGUCAGAGACAACCUAAAUCUUCUGCUUUCACUCUUCGGAAUCGCUACUGGAAACUGGCAAAUGAGACCAAAUACAUUCCUUUGAGGUAUCACUGGUAGCUGCUGAGAAUACAGAAGAAACUGCAUUGAUUGGUACUACUGUAUCAUGGGGAAAUUGAAUAUUUUGUCAGAACAUUUCCUAAGUGAUAGUAAAUUUAUUUCCUCAACUUGCUUUGAAGAUGAGUACUUUCAUCCUAGAAUUCUAUCAAAGUUGCUCUCUAGUCAGGAGAGGUGGCAUAGUGGUAUUGUCACUGGACUGGUAAUCUAGAGACCCAGGGUUAACAGCUCUGGGGACCUAGGUUCAAAUACCACUGUACAUGGUGGAACUUGAAUUCAAUAAAGUCUGAUGAUGAAACCAUUGUUGAUUGUCAUAAAAACCCAUUUGGUUCACUAAUGUCCUUUACCUGGUCUGGCCUGGAGACUCAUUUGGAAUGUGGUUGACUCUCAAUUAGGGAUGGGCAAUAAAUGCUGACCUAGCCAGGCCAGUGACACCCACAUCCCAUGAACAAAUAAAAAAAACAUCUGGAAUAGGUCUAGUGUUCAUUUGUCUAUUCAAGUUUAAGUAUGAAAUGCUCAUUCCCAAUUACACUAAUUCUAUUAUGUCACAACUCUAAAAAAAUUGUAUUAAAUUAUCAACAGAAUAUGAAGUGUGGUAAUAUUAAAAUGAAAUCCCAAUCCUAUAUAUGUAUCCGGUAUGUCAGAUGCUUCAAUGAAUACUUCAUUCUUUAUGUAACUUCUUCAACUCAAUUAUACUGCUAAAUAGUCUCUUCUUACAAUGGCUAUACAAGCCGCUGCCUAUAAUUUCUCACCAAUCAGCACUCAAAUUCAAGCUGAAAGAUUCAUGUUGGUGACAGCAGGGGCAUCUGAUCUUUGCUAAUCAAUCCAGGCACAUUAAAUCCUUAGCAGUUAAGUGCAAAGAUGUACAAAAGUCAUUCCCUGAUAAGAAUCUAACCGAAUGUUGUCUGAACCACCUAGUUUGAGGUGACUUUGAAAGGUAACCAUUGCAUUACCAAUCUCAAAAGGAGAACAUGACAACUCUGAAGUGUGAUAUUAAUAUCCUUGUAGAGCCCAACCAUGUCAGCAUGUAAAAAAAAAAUUCCAUGGCACUAUUUUUGAAGAGGGGUUGGCGAGUUUUUCCUGAUGCCCUGGCCAAUAUAAUUAUCACAUUUCUGUUUAUUGGAGCAUGCUGUGUGUAGAUUGGCUGCCACAUUUUCUACAUUACCACAGUGAUUACAUCUCAAAAAUAUUUAUUGGCUGUAAAAAUCGCUUUGAGACAUCCAGGUGAUCAUGAAAAACACUAUAAAUGCAAUUUUUUUUUCUUUAACCUGGCUGAACAGCAAAAAUCGAAAUUGCAGACAGACCUUUCCAGCUUUGUCAUUUAAUCCUAAAAAUGCAUAAAGUCAAUGCUUCUGGUGAGUUGGGGGAUAUUGUUCACAUUUACAAGUAUUUGUUUAUUAAAGUGGUUUUUUUUAUAAUUGGUGCUUUGGGGAUUGAAUCCUGCAACUGUCCCAUUAUAUAGUGAAAAAUAUAAAUGAGUCUUACUUUAUAAAUAACAUUUUAUCUUAUGUUUUGAAACCAAGAAUCCACAGCAAGAUAUACCAGUGAAGUUUUUUUUAAAAAGAACUCAAAUGACAGGCCACCCUCCCCCCUCUCUCACUGGUGUCAGUAAUUAGAAUGUUUACAUUUUUGUCAACAAACAGGUGAAUAAUGAGACUGUUUACUUCAAAAUUCAAUUUUCAAAAUUGAAUUCAAAUUAGGAAAUGGAAAGAUACUCUUAAUACUUAGUGGUUUAUAGUUUUUUAAAUGUUUAAACCAUUUCCCUAUAGCUUUACUUCAACCAGGUUUGAAAAACUUAAGUCAGAGCUACAGAAUGUGCAUAUACUAAAAAUGCCUGGUCCAGGUUUUUGAAUGUGAGAUUAUAUCAAUAUGAAAAUUUUUUUAAUGUUUAAAACCAUUUUUGGACAUUAGAAAUUUCAGUUACAGAGAAUGCUUUUCCAGAAAAAGCAAAAAUCCAAAUAGUAUAUGAAACCAUGUUUUGAAAAUGUUUGUAAGGUUUCUUACAAAAAUGUUAACAUAUCUCAGAAUCACAGAAUUGUUACGGUGUAGAAGGGGUCAUUCAGCCCAUCGUGUCCUGCACCGGCGACAUGAUUUAGACAAAUGUCUCCAUUAUAAAUGUUCAAGAUUUCAUUGUAAUGUGGAUAGGAAGUGCAUGAAAUAUGUAAAACUUUUAAUAUACUGCCAGAAUUGGUGCAAUUUAUCCAUAGUUCCUAAUUUUUCUAGAAUGAGUUAAGUUUUAUUUAGCUGACCAGACAAUGAAAUUUUUUAAGAUGAAUUACUUAGAAAAAUUCUACUUUUAAGUAUAGGCCUAAUAUUGAAAUUAAUAAAGUUCAUUUUUAUAUA